UUGUCGAUUGAUUGAUCAAUACUGCUUCCAACCUUAAUCAAUGCCAAGAAAAGCUGACCGUGAAUCGCUCACCGCCCUAAGCGACAUGUCUCCGCGCGUUUCUUCAAAUGGAGGAAAUGCAACCAGUGGUCUGAACCAGCAUUAUGAAGAGAAGGUGCGUCCAUGCAUCGACCUAGUGGACUCUCUCAGGUCUUUAGGUGUUGAAAAAGACCUGAACCUGCCAACUAUUGCUGUCAUAGGUGACCAGAGCUCAGGAAAGAGUUCAGUGCUGGAAGCCCUGUCUGGAGUGGCCCUGCCUAGAGGAACAGGUAUUGUAACCUGAUGUCCUCUGGUACUGAAACUGAAGAAGGUUACGAAGAAUUCUACCUGGCAUGGAUUGCUCUCAUAUAAGGAUCAAAUAAAGGAACUGAAGCAACCUGCAGAAAUGGAGAAUGCAGUCUUAAACGCUCAGAUAGCAUUGGCUGGACAGGGUGAAGGGAUCAGUUAUGAGAUGAUCACUCUGGAGAUCCAGUCCAAUGACGUUCCUGACCUCACACUCAUCGACCUGCCAGGCAUUGCUAGAGUUGCCACUGGAAACCAGCCAAAAGACAUAGAGAAACAAAUAAAAGAUCUCAUUGAAAAGUUCAUUAAAAGACAAGAGACCAUCAGCUUGGUUUUGGUGCCUGCGAACAUUGACAUCGCCACCACUGAGGCUCUGCAGAUGGCCUUCAAAGUUGAUUCAACUGGACAAAGGACCCUGGGUAUUCUGACUAAGCCAGACUUAGUGGAUAAAGGCAUGGAGGAGACGGUGGUCAGAACGGUCAAUAAUCAAGUAAUAAAACUGAAAAAGGGCUACAUGAUUGUGAAGUGCCGAGGCCAACAAGACAUCAAUGAGAAGCUCGAUCUGAUCAAAGCUCUAGAAAAAGAAAGACAUUUUUUUGAUGAACAUUCUCAUUUCAGGUCUCUUCUAGAGGAAGGAAAAGCUACAAUACCCGUUCUUGCAGAAAGACUCACAAAAGAAUUGGUUGAACACAUUACUAAAAUGCUGCCAGAGUUGCAGAAACAACUUGAGAUGAAAUUAGAGAAGACGUCUGAGGAUUUUAGAGCACUGGGAGAUGGAGUUCCUUUUGAUGAACAAGAGAAGAGCAAUUUUCUGAUUACAAAAAUUAGCCAGUUCAGUGAUGCCCUCGAAGGAGUAAAGAAUCUAAGAAACUCAGAUAUGAGGGUCUUCACCAAAAUCAGAAAGGAAUUUGCUACAUGGAAGCGCGUUCUGGAUGACAAAACCAUAAGGACGGAGGAAACCCUCAGAGAUGAGGUAGAGCAGUAUGUUAGGACUCGCAGAGGAAAGGAGCUUCCUGGAUUUGUGAGCUAUAGAACCUUUGAGAACAUUGUCAAGAAACACAUUGAGGAGCUAGAGGAGCCUGCUUUAAAACUGCUCAAAGACGUCACUGACAUUAUUCAUUCCUGUGUAAACCGCAUUGUUGGCUCUCAUUUCAAGGCCUUCUCUCAUCUGUUAAGGGCUGCUAAAGAACCAGUUGAAGAUUUUCUUGAUGAUCAUUUUCUGAGAGCUGAGGGGAAAAUACAUUCUCAGUUUAAGAUGGAGAGGAUUGUGUACUCUCAAGACCAUCUCUACAGCAGUCAGCUUGAAACUGUAAAACAAAAACAAAGCCAAACAGUUCUUGGGCAUAGGGCGUUCGUCAGUGCAGAUGUUCGCGAGAUGGCGCAGCAUCUCACUGCCUAUUUCACGAUUACCUCUGACCGAAUGGCUAACCAAAUUCCACUGAUAGUCCAGUACCACAUGCUGGACCAGUACAUCUCUCAGCUUCAGAAUGCAAUGCUUGCCAUGAUUGGAAGGAAUAAUCCAGGAAUCCUGCUCCAAGAAGAUUGCACUGUUGCACGUAAAAGGAAAGAACUGAAAGAGAGACUGGGACGCCUGAGGAGUGCAGGGAAAGUCCUGUCCAAAUUUGUGCAUUCUGCAUAAUUGUUAAGCUUCUGAUGUAGAUUUGUGUAUUUUUGACAUCCCAGAAGUUUAGCUCAGAAUUGCAAUAGGGUGUUAUUUUUCACAUGUUUCUCACACAGAAGUUAAGACCGUGUUGGUGCAAAUUCCCAACUAACAUGUCAUGUCCUGGAAACUAUCCCACACUCUGUUUUACACUCAUAAAAAUAUAAUAUAAGAAUUCCUGACUGUUCAUUUAAUGAUCUCUAAUUUAAUAUUAAUAUAAGAGUCACAUAACUGCAGUAAUAGUAACUAGUAGAGAAAAGGUCACAUUUGUUUGAAUAUUAAUAUCACAAAUUUUCAUGUGAGACAUUUAUAUGUAAAAAUGCACUGGUUCCGGGAAGUGUUGAGUUAAUGCUUUGUUCUUUAUAGUUGUUGUUGAAAAUAAAAAUGUCUAACUGUGAAAGGUUGUUGUG